ACAGAUAAUUUGAGAUUUGGAGCUGAUUUGGAAAACACUCAGAAUGGAAGGCAAACUCCCAUGUCUCCUUGUGCUGGUGGGAGCAGUCAUGACUACCCAGUGCCAGGGCUUACACAUGCGUUUCAAACGAGGAGCCAGAUCUAGAGCCAUUUGCAGAGAUAAUCCAUCUGCAGAAAUGUACCAACACAGGGGGACCUGGCUGAGGCUUUCAGGGAGCAGAAUAGAAUACUGUAGGUGCGACAGUGGUUGGAGUCAUUGCCACACUGUACCUGUCAGAGCCUGCACUAGAAAUAAAUGCUACAACGGCGGCCAAUGUUCACAGGCGUAUUACUCCCCACAGCUCUUCAUCUGCCAGUGCCACCAAGGUUUCUCAGGGAAGCAGUGUGAAAUAGAUACUCAAGUUAAAUGCUACAAAGACACUGGAGUAACAUACAGGGGUACCUGGAGCAUGACAGAGAGUGGAACUGAAUGUUUAAAUUGGAAUAGCAACGGCUUGGUGAACCGGAUGUACAGUGGCCAUAGAGAGGAUGCUGCUGAGCUGGGAUUGGGCAAUCACAACUAUUGCAGAAACCCAGAUGAGGAUUCCAGACCUUGGUGCUAUAUCUACAAAGGGGGAAGGUACACCUGGGAACACUGCAGUGUCCCCUCCUGUUCAAAAGUUAGUAACAUCAACUGCAGAUCUGGAAGAGGCACAGAUUACCGUGGCAGCCACAGUGUUACCAGUUCUGGAGCUACCUGUUUGAAGUGGAAUUCUCGAAUCCUUGAAAACAAGCUAUAUACUGCUUGGAGAAGAGAUGCUUACCAGCUGGGCCUUGGUAGUCACAAUUUCUGCAGGAAUCCUGAUAAUGACAGCAAGCCCUGGUGUCAUGUCCUGAAAAGAAAUCAGCUCACAUGGGAGUACUGCAAUGUGCCUACUUGCUCCACCUGUGGCUUACGGCUGCGCAGAGUACGCCAGCACAGGAUUAAAGGUGGUUCCUACGCAGACAUUGCAGCUCACCCGUGGCAAGCUGCCAUCUUUGUCAAGUAUCGCCAAGUGCCUGGAGAGCACUUCCUCUGUGGAGGAAUUCUGAUCAGUUCCUGCUGGGUUUUGUCAGCUGCUCACUGUUUUGAGGAAGGCUUUAGUACAAAUCAGCUGAAGAUUGUGCUGGGUAGGACUUCCCGAGCAACUCCUGAGGAAAAUGAACAGAAGUUUCAAGUAAAGAGCUACACUGUUCACCAGAGAUUUGACUCAGAAAAUUUCAACAAUGACAUUGCUCUGUUGCAGUUGAACUCGGAUGCAGAAGACUGUGCUGUUGAAACAGGCACUGUCCGUGCUGCCUGCCUCCCCAUGGCAGGGCUGCAGCUGCCUGACUGGACUGAAUGUGAGAUCUCUGGUUAUGGCAGAAAUGACGAAUUUUCCCCAUUCUAUUCAGAGCACCUGAAGGAAGGCCAUGUCAGAUUGUUCCCAGCCAGUCGGUGCACAGCAGAGUAUCUCGACAACCGGACAGUUACAGACAACAUGCUGUGUGCAGGAGACACAAGGCACCUUGAUGAUGCCUGCAAGGGUGACUCUGGAGGCCCUCUGGUCUGUAUGAAGGAUGAUCGUAUGUAUCUGAUUGGAAUCAUCAGCUGGGGAAUAGGCUGUGGCCGCAAAGACGUACCUGGUGUCUAUACAAAUGUGAAUCGCUAUCUUGACUGGAUUCAGGACACUAUGAGACUCUGAGAAAGACAGAUGAACCCUUUGCAAUCCUGUGACCAUGCCCUCACAGCUUCCUUCUGCAUGCUUUAAGUAUGUUGGCAGGGCUUCCUGUUU